AAAAUUUGCUACUUAAUGCAACCCCCUUGUCGGUUGUUGCAGCAGCAAUUCAUAUUUGCCUAUGCUGACUACAAAUCAGGUUCUGUGUGUGUUUCAAGGCAGUGUCUUCUCCUAGGCUUGAAGAGCUGGACUUUUAAAAAAAUGGAUUUUACAGAUCAAGACUUAUUAGGACAAGCGCUUGAAGAUGCCUUGGAGGUGUUACAACGAGAUUCAGAUGGUGAAUUUAAUUAUGCAGCAGAAGGCAAUGAAAAUUGUCUGACAUACCACCACCAUUCUCUCCAAGAAAAAUCAAGUUAUUUGGAAGAGCCAUCAACAGAACAACCAACACACAAUUGGAGGACUACAAUAAAGACUGAAGCAAACUUUUACCCAGAUCGCGCUGUCUACCACACCCUGCAGACUGUUCCACAAAACCGAGGGAUAUGUGCUACACCUUUACAGCAUAAGGGUGGUAAAGGCCGCAAAAAGCUGCGCCUCUUUGAAUAUCUUCACGAAUCUCUUCACAACCCAGACAUGGAAAACUGCAUCCAGUGGAUAGAUAAACCCAAUGGCAUCUUCCAGUUUGUUUCCAAAAACAAGGAGAAAUUGGCAGAACUGUGGGGGGAAUGCAAGGGAAACCGGAAGAUUAUGACUUACCAGAAAAUGGCCAGAGCACUGAGGAAUUAUGGAAAAACAGGAGAGAUCAUUAAAAUCCGAAGAAAGCUGACUUAUCAGUUUGGGGCUGUGCUUUUGCAAAAGCUUUGUCCAUCCUGCUUUCUGGGGAAAGAUGAAAUUAUUGAUCAGUAUGCUCAAGAUGACAAUGAGUAUCAGUGUGCAAAUGGUUGGUUUUCUUAUUAUUACACCUACAAGAGGGGUCAUGAAUGACAGCAGGGUAACAGCAACACCAUCCCAUUCUGUCAUGCUUCUUAAAGUUUAGCAACUUAACUCUAUUAUUCAGAGACACUAUACAUUCAUAUAGGAUUCAAAUACUCUAGUGCAUUCUGUAUCCACACUUGGAAGAAGGAACCUACAACCUCCAAAUAUUGUUGGACUUUAACUCUCCUAACCAGGAAAAGAAAUGGUGAGGGAUAAUCGGAAUUAUAGUUCAAUAAUACCUGAAGAGUCACCACAUUUAUACAGAAAUGUUGAUUCUCUAGAACUCUGAAAAUAUAUACAGACUGAUUCUCAUAACCCUUCUGGAAAAACUGGAAUGAAAAUAGAAUGUAUUUAAUAUAUGUUUUGCAGUGAGAAGGCUCCACUGAAUUCAAUGGAACAUAUUUCUCAAGAUAAAUGUAUAAGGCUAUCUUCUCCAAUCCUUUCUUACUGGGAGUAGGUCCCAUUCAUUUCAAUUAAAUUUACUUCUGAACAGAUGUGCAUAAGAUGCAAUGUGCUGCUACAAUCCCAUGCUUAGUUAAAUAGUGUACUAAAUUUUAAAAAGCUAGAGUAGAGUAUUGAGUAGAGUGAACUAGCUUUCCUUUAAGUGUAGGAUUACACUGCAAAAUUCCUGAAAAUCAAAUGAAAUUAUUAGAAUUAAGAGCAUUCUGAUUUUAGUAAUAUUGCUUUUCAUUCUAAUUAAUGCAUAUUUCCAAUUAAUAACUUUGUUGUACGCAUGCUUAUCCAGAAAUAAGGACUGUUGCAUUGAAUCCCUAGUAUUUGUGCUCAUGAUUCCUGUGUCAGUAUUAAGACCUAGGAGUAUGUUGAAGGCACAAAUGCAAAUGUUGAGACUUCUGGUCUUGUUUAUAGCUAAAAUAUAUUUACCAUGACUUAGUUUUUCAAUAAUUUUUGUGCUUAAUUGAGAUUUUAUUUUGUGUAUCAAAUAAAGUUGUGCUCUAUAUAACA